UGAGACACAGUGAAAGACACAAAGUGCACGAAUCUUUAUUCAAAUUCCACCACCAGGAAGAUAGGAAAACACGGGACAGGAUGUUAUCUGUCCCCUCCACCUCCUACCCCCUACCCCACACUGUCCCAUGCGGGGAGCUCCGCCCGCUCCAGGCGGGUCGGCUGUCAGGGAGCGGCGCUUCCGCCUUUAUGUGAGACGGCGGUGAAGGGUGUGGGGGAGACGGAGAGGAGGCAGCCCCGUCUCUCUCUCUCUGUCUGACUGUCCGUCCCCGGGGAUGUCGGAGGCCGAGUGCAGGCAGUGGAUCCUGGACACCAUUGACUCUCUGCGGAGCCGCAAGGCUCGGCCGGACCUGGAACGGAUCUGUAAGAUGGUGCAGCGGAGACACGGGCUGGCCCCGAGCCGCACCCGGCGCCAGCUGGAGCGGCUGCUCCGCUCCCGCACCGUGCUCCGAGUCAGCUACAAGGGCUCCCACUCUUACCGCAUCGCCGCGCAGUGGCAGCCCGGGGCCGGGCACAGCCGGGAGCGGGACCGGGAGCGGGAGCGGGAGCGGGAGCAGCCGCAGCCCCGCACCGUGCUGACCCGAGCCCGGCUCCGGGGAGCCCGUGAGCAGCAGCAGCAGCAGCUCCGCCAGCCCGCGGGCAGGAGGAGGGUGGCCCCGGACACAGGCACCAGCUCCGAGCGCAAGAAGACCAGGAGAUCAAAAGAAGCUGAUUUGACAGAUGAAGGGACCGAUGACGAUGCUUCUGUGGAGGAUCAGGAACUCUGGGACCAAGCUUUUGAUGGUCCCAACAUGGAAUCUGUGAGCGAAGACCAUAAUGCCAAAGAGACUCCUGACAAAUUGCCUCAAGGUUGUCCCACUGAAGAGAUCGCUGAGGAACUGUCCACUGGCAAACUGGCUGAAACCUCUUUGGAUGUGGAGCGGAGCCCUUCGUAUCAUCCCACCAUUGAGUGCAAGGAUGUUAUUGAUGCUGAGAUGAUGCUCAAUGCUGAGGAUCUCAAGACUAUGCAAGAGCGACUCUCUUCAGAUGAUGCCAGAGAUACUGUCUCUUCUGAAGAGCCAGCUGCUAUAGAGGAGGACUACAGUGAAGAACGCUCCCAAGAAACUUGCACUAUUCGAGGGGAAUCCGAACUUGAGCCUGUGCCAAGUGAACAACUGAGACCUGAGCUCUCUGAUUCCGGUGAGGGGUCACAGCAGAUGGACGAUAGACACCACAAUGAAUGUGACCAGCUGACCUGCCUGCAGGGAGUAGCCAAAAUGACUGAAGAUCCUUCGCUGUCCAAAGACUGCAGUUCCACCAACGCAGACAAUUGCUUGGACACUAUGCUGCUAGACCAGACUCCUGCAGUCAAUCCAAACCCGAAACAUGAAACAGUGGAGAAUGUGGUAGAUUUAAGCACUGACCCCAGAGACUCGGGUCGGGCUGAUAUUCUCUUGAAUGACAUACGCCCUCACUGUCGGGGACAAAACAUUGCGGCUAUUCUCAACAAAGUCUGGAAUGAGGUGGAGCCACGACCAAGCCAAGCUCCCCAAUUACUGCGAAACAAGGAAUGCAGGGCCAGUGAAGAGGUGAUUGCCCAGGGACACAUGCUGCAACACGUGGACACCAGGAGGAAGUGGAAACAGAGAUACUUUGUCAUGAAGGCCAGCUACCACUUGGAGUAUUUUGAAACGAAAGAGGCUGAACAGAGAGGACUAAAACCAGAAGACACUGUGCUCCUAUCAGGGUUCGUUGUGCUGACCUCAGUAACAGAAUAUACUGAAAUCCUCCAACGGACCUGGCCACACUUCAAUGGUGUCGCAGAUAAUUACUGGAAGGAACAGUACACAAACUGCCCGACGGAUCACCCUCUGUUCCUGUGGCACCCCUAUCGCCCACACCUCAUUCUCUGCUUCCACACUGCAGAUGACCUUCGCUACUGGAGCGCACUCCUCGCUGAUGGAAUUCGCCACCUCAACACUGUGCUCUUCAGAAAGGAUUCUUUUGAAGUUCGGGCGUUCCUGGAAGCCGUGCGAGUAUGCAGGAUGCAGAAAGGACAGUACGGAGUCUGUGACUUGUAUUUCGGUUCAGAGACAGAGAUCCUGAGUAACAUGGUGAUGGAGGACUUGUGUCCUGUGUUGGAAUCUCAGCUCCUUCCUCAUAUCCGAGGGCCAGAGAGUAAACGCAAACAGACCUGGCUGAAAAUGAUUGGGGAGAUGUAUGCAGUGGUGGAAUUGCAUGUUUCUGAAGGGUUCCAGGCUCUGCUCAGGGAGAAUGAGGAGCACAGCCUGCAACUGGAGAAGAAAAUUCGCUCAGACUUCAAUCAAAUCCUCACCUCCAAGAAGGAGCUUGUGGCUAAACUCCAAGAGUCACUGGGCGAGCGUGUACGAUGGUGCUGCGAAGCACAGGUACGGCCCCACCUGGAGUCAGCACGGGACAGGCUGGCUGAUCCCAUGAAUGCUGGCCUCGAGGAAACUCGAAGACUGUUCUCUGAGGAAGUGAACCGAGUGAUCAGUGUGGUGAAGAGCACGGAGCAAAGCAGCAGCUCUCUGGCCGAGGUUUGCAGCCAGCUCCAAGCCCUGCCGUAUCAAUCUGCCCACGUGCAGCACUGCUACAAGAAGACAGAAACACUGGAGCAGUCACUAAGCGAGCUGGAACCUCGAUUCUCUUUCACUGGCUUUCGAUUUCUAACCCAACGGGCACAGAAUAUCAUCCAACAGUUGCUGAAAGAUGCAGUUUAUACCUUUCAGCACCUGCUAGUUUCUACACAACCAGCCACUGGGCUGUCUGCUGAAGUUAGCCAACGUCUCGACAACACACAAGUGCGGGUACUGAAGAAGUUUGACUCUGACAGUAUCGCAGUCUGGAGGCAAUUUGUUCGGGAUUCUCUCCUCGAAAUGUUUCUUCCAUACGUGCUGAAGACAGUCGAGCCUAUCUGCAAACCGGAGCUCCCCGUGUAUGAAGGGUGCCUGUGCACUGACGAUGAUGAUGGACUGAUACAAAUUGAAAGCACCUACAAUGAGCUUGUCCUCCAUAUUGUGUCAGAGGAGAUUAACAAAGCUAUGAAGGAGACUUCCACUCAGCCAAGCUACAGCUUGUACAAUGAAAGUAUGGGUGGUCUUUGGAACAAUGAAGCCCAACUGGACAUUGCUGAGGAUCCCAGGACAUCUCUGGCCAAAGCCACCCUCCCAGCAAGUCCUGAGGAAUCACCAGAGCCAGCCUCAGCAGUGGGAUUGCUUACAGCCUUGGAAAACAGCAAGUUGAGUGAGGUGCAGGAUGAAUGGCAGUGUCUGCAAAAGGAUUGGGAUGUUGCCAAUCAGGCUUCGGAUGAGAGCAAAUCAGCUGAAUAGACAAUGAAGAUCCAUCAAGACCUACAGCUCAAUCCUAUGAGCCAGAAAUUGGUGACAUGAAGGAUAUUGUGUAGUAACUGAUGGUGGCGGACUUCCCAACAUCUCAUAGAUAAUUAUAACCCUGUAUCAGAUUAAAUGGAUAGGCUGGGACAGAAGGCUGAGAAGGACAAAGGUAAAGUGGGGAACCUGUCCCAUAAGAAUUAGGAGCAGGAGGAGGCCAUUUGGCCCCUCAAACCCUGUGCAACAUCGGAUUGCAGACUCCACUUUCCUACUGACCCCAUACAGAGACCGUAUAGGGUAAAGGUGACAUUUGGAAGUAAUGUCCCUUAUGUUAUUAGAUAAUUAUGAUGAUAAAUUAUAGUGUUUGCCCUGUUGCAAUUUAUUUUUAAUUUAUACAAUUAAUUUAAUAAUAUAUUCUGGGACAUAGAUUUCAGGUUUUGGGGAAACAGCUGUGGGGCGGUCGAGAGGAAGAAUACUUUUCAGCAGUAACUGAUAACAAUAUGGACUUCAUUGCCCCUAAGGCUGGUACAAGUGGAGACAACAAAUGAUUUCAAAAGAAAAUCAGAUGGACACUUGGGGUAAUAAACUUAGAGUGGGAUAGAGUGGGAGAAGUGGACACAUUGGAUCAUUCUACAGGGGGUGAGCAUAGACUCAAUGGGCCAAAUGGCCUCCUUCUUAGAAUUAGCUUUAAUGUCAUAUGUACUUCCGUGCGCAUAGUGAAAAGUUUACAAACCGUCACUUAUGACACCAUCUUAAUUACCUAGGUACAGAUUCUUAAGUACAAAUUCUUAGGGAAAACUUGAGAAAAAUAAAGAAAUAAGAAGUCCAACAAUGAAUUAGAAAAACAGCAAAAUAAGAGUUCAGAAUAACAGUCCGUCCAACCCAGACAACGCCCUGCUUCACCUCAAGGCCAGGAGUUUGAGUCAACACCGAGACCGAGGUUAAGUCCCUAUGCUGAGGGCGGGUGGUCAAGUCCACGCUAAGGCCAGGAGUUUGAAUCCAUGCUGAGGACGGGAGUCUGAGUCCAUGCUGAGGCCAGGAGUUCAAGUCUACCCUGAGGUUGGGAGUCCGUGCUGAGACUGGGAGU